AUGCAGCUGAUGGUGGCUCAGGAAUUCAUCGCAGUCACCAAACGACGGUUGAUCUGCACGGCUCAAUAUGGAGCUUUCUUGAUGAGCAUUCUCGCCGUGACGCUUCGUUUAGUCGAGAGUGCCAAACCUCUUCUUUCGCCUUCUGAGCGUGAGCAAGCCAGCGAGUCGUACUUUGAACUUGCUCAAGACUUGUUGAGAUCCAGUAAAAACAAGCUUGACAUUCGCCAUAUCUUGGCUCUAUACCAUCUCGCACUAUUUUCCGAAGGUCGUACGAGUUCUACAGGCCCGGUCUCUAGCUUCGUAGCUGAAGCCAUUGGCUUAGCAUUUACCACGGGGCUGCAUCGCAGUACCAAAGAUUUCAAUAUGGACCCGGUGACACUACAGGGGCGCCCGCCACUUAUCAGGCUGUCCGAGUGCAGCGUGGAACUACCUGCCAUCGUCGACAAUCAAUACGUCACGAAGGCUGCUAUUCUACCUCAACCGGAGAGCAGUCCACCUGUGGCCGUAGCAGCGGCUGUCAAGAUCACUGAAUUAUACAUGGUUCUCGAACAGGUACUGUCUGCAAUCAACGCUCCAUCAAAGACUGCUGCUGCAGCCUUCUCUCUUGAUUGCCGUCCUUUUGAAAGAAAUCAUGUCUUCACACGAGCUCAAGAAAGACUUGAUCAGAUUGAGCGCGACCUUCCACCUUUUCUAUCCCAAAUCGACAGCUCGUCCAAUCCAAACUCGAAAUUCUUUCACUCCAGCCGCGUACGGGCGACCUGUCAAUUCGUUCGAACUCUAAUGGCUCGYCAAGCCCUAAUCGACGGACUCGAGGCAAACCCACCACCGAGUGAAGAAGAAAUCGACUCUGCGACAUCCGAAGCCUGCCACCUUUCAAUUGACAUUAUCAAAACCUAUUCUCGACUCCGACAUACGGGCCAUCUUCGCUUCUGCGGGUUUCAAGCUGUUUCCCACAUCACAGCUGCAGCACAUACACUUAUCGCAUCGCAAUUGAUCUUUUGCUCGUCUUCUCAUCUUCCUUCCCAUCGGCCAAAUCUGUCGCUCAGCUUCUUGUUCAGGUAUCCCGAACAGUGGAUCACCGUCAUGGCUCAACUAGCCAGUCUGAAGCUGCAGCGAUUCGUGUCCUCGCUAGGAAAUUUGCACCUCCUCCAUCUAACAAUCACUCUCAAAUAG